UGGGUCAUUGCGGUAAUAGACGCCAUGAUUUCUACUGUAGUUGGACCAGAAAAUGGAGGCUCUCCGCCACUCAGCUAGCUAGGUUGAUGGCUGUCUGAAGCUCCUUAGCGGGGUUGCGCAUCUUUUCAUUCCAACCUUCUCGGAUAUUACACCCAGUGGAUUAACAUAGUAAAUGAUGGUUUCUGAAUCCGAUGAAAAAACUACAUGAGCAGCGUCUUGCUGCUUAACGGCUGCUGGGUUAGCGAAAGGCUAGCAGCUAACUUAGCUAACGUUUAGCUCACGACCGGGAGAGCCCAUGUUAGCUGGCUAGCUGAACCAAGCUAGCACGAAAAUAAUAGCUGGUUGGUCGGAGGUAUAACGUUGCAUGCACUGUCUUUUAGAAGUACAGAGAUACAAAUGGAACCAAAGCCUACACCUUAAGGUAUGGCCUGGAUUUGAUUUGGACCGUGCUGGUGAUGGCAGAAGGGUUUGACACUGGCGAAAUGCCCUCCUUUGACCCAAGUCCUAGUUCUGAUGCAAAAAAGAGACCUACUUCUUCUUCUGAUGGCAGAGACGAGCCAAUGAGGAAAAUGUCAAAAUUUGGUUCCAGACCUCGAUUCGAGCCUGUGCACUUUGUCAGUGGGGGAAGCAGCGGAGGAACUGGCGCUGAUGAGAAGGAAAACGAUAAGGAGCGCAGGAGGAGUGAGUCGUUUGGUGCAAGACAGUGGGACUCCGAGCACCCCUCCUCCUACAGCAGCACCAGCAGAGCGCAGGGCUCCUCCUCCCUGAGGCCUGCUUUCGACAGACAGCCGCCGUACGGUUCUGACUCUUGGGGUUCCCAUAGAGACAGAGACCGAGAGAUUUUUUCAGGUACCGCAAGUGGGUUGGGCUAUGGAGGACGUUGGUCCACUUCAAACUUUAUGGUUAAAACAGAACAGGACUACUCAGCCAAGUAUGAUGGCCACUCCUCUCGAGGUCCUGAUGGCUACGCUCAGUCCCAUAGGUACAAUGGGUAUGGGGGAGGGAGAGGAUCGGGAGGCUGGGAUUCAGGACGCCAGGGUUUAGGAUUCAGUCAUCAGGACCGACAGUCAUCCAGCAGGCCAUUCAGCAGAGUCUACAACAGCCCAGGCAGGAGCAGUCCCACCACUUCUCAGUCGGUCUCCUCAUCACAGCCUGUUCCUAUAUCUCAGUCAACAUUGGAUGAGAAGCAGAGGCUGAUUUCCAAUGUAGCGUCUGCAUUGGCCGUUUCCUUUAGGGACCCAAUGUACAUGACUGGAAGUGAAUCACCUAACUAUAAUUUCAUGUUGAGCCGCAGCAUUCAGGCCUGCAAGACUAAUCCCGAGUAUAUUUAUGUCAACCUAAAGGAUAUUCCUCAGUCUGACCUACCGAAGAACAGGAAAGUACCAACUGAUGGUUACGCCUGUGAAUUGAGAUGUCAGGGUGUGUUUCUCGCUACCGGAUACUCAGGUAGUAAAAAUGGAGCGAGGGACCGAGCUUCUGAGCAGGCUGUUAAACUCUUCCUGAAAACAGUGGAGGUGCGUGUGGUGCAGCGCAAAUACAGACACUCCGUAGUCAACGACAUAGUUGUGUGCCAGAUGCACAGCCCCACCCCCGGCUUCUUACCUGCACUCCGAAACCCAGAGGAUAAACCGACACCCAGCUCCAAGGGCCAGUACGAGCCUGACAAGCGGAAGCAUUGGACAGAGUUUGUGGUUAUGGACAAUGCUCACGAUGCCAUCUGCAUACUCAACAAUUCUGCAGCUUUUAAUCGCAUGAAGAUAGACUAUAAGUUUGAGCUGCUCCCCAACAACACGGCUUGGCUGUGCAGCGUUUAUGUGCAGGGUGAGAUGGUGGCGCAGUCGACAGGCACCAAAAGGAGCUCAAAGCAUUCAGCGGCUGAAGACGCUGUGAGGAAACUUCGGAUGAACCAGGCGCAACGACAACAGCGACAGCAGCAACAACCACAACAGCAGCAUCUAUCCCAGUACUCCCGGGGAAAUAACCAAUCAGAUUCUAGUGGACGCUUCGGACAACAGGUUGUCAAAAAGAAGCAUCUGAGUGAGUUGGUUAUCCUGGAAAACUCUGACAAUGCAAUCUGUAUCAUUAAUGACACAGCUCAGUUUAAUAAAGUGACCGCCGAUUACAAGUUCACGGUUCUGCCCGAUCAUCGAUGGAGGUGUGAGGUGUACUUGGAAGGACAGUAUGUAGCAGCAGGAAUUGGGCCCAAGAAAAUAGUGAAGCACAUUGCAGCAAAGGAGGCCUUGACCACUUUGAGACAGACGCAGGCUGUGGUCAAAUCCAACCUUAGGAAGGAGGGUCACUGUGACGCCAUAUCCCGAUCCCAGAUCCUGGCCCGCUCCGGUGACGAAGCCGUAAAGCAGGAGAUUAAGGAAGACAAUAUUGGAAACCAGCUGCUACGCAAGAUGGGCUGGAAAGGAGGCGGUCUGGGCCGAGAUGGGGAAGGCAUCGCAGAACCAAUCCGAGUGAAGGAGCAGUUCUCCAGAGAGGGCUUUGGCCUGGACACGGACAAAAGCGGAAACCAGCUCAGCAAGCGUGACAUCGAGGACACCAUCCGUACCUACGCCAGCUCAGACCGCCAGGACGAUCUCAGAUUCUCCACCGACCUCAACAACGACGAACGCAAGCAGAUCCACCAGAUAUCUCAGAAAUACGGCCUGCGGAGCAAGUCUUACGGACAGGGGCGGCUGCGCUUCCUUAUUGUCAGUCGCAAAGUCCACAAAGACCAGCUGAUUGGUCAGCUUUUACAGGAGGGACAGGUGGGACGAUACGAGCUUGUGAAGCCUCAGGCUAUUCACUGAGAGCAUGCGGGGGGGGGGGGAAAUAAGAAAAAAUUAAAAAAAAAAAAAAACAUUGAUCAUUUGUUUGGACUUCAGUAGAAUUGACACUCAAGUGUAUGUGGUGUGUUUACACUUGUAUGUGACAAACAAACACAUUAACAAAAGAGAAUCCUUCAGGGAUCACCUGUGGUUUCUGCAUUCCUUUGCCAUGAAAUGUUCUUUAGCUUUAACAGGGACGGUAGAAUAAGUGAUUUGUCUUUUUUUUUUUUGUCUCUUCUGCCAUUCCAUGUCUUUUAUCUGUUAGAAUUUCGCACAAGCUUAAAUACUUGGUAGCAUGUCCUGAUGAUUCUUCCACUUAAGGAUUCAAAAUUGUGUUACCAAGAUCCACUGUUUAUCUUUGUUUGCUAUUUAAGGAACUUUGGAGAAAAUGCAGCUUUUCACUGCUCGUGAUUGAACAUUGCUGACCGUGGACUCAUGAGAUAUCAAACCAUAGCGAGUUGCUCACAUUAGUCUAAACGUAGUGAUACAUAUUUCUACCAGCAGUGCUGUCUGCUCUUUCUAAUCGCGGAGCUUCUUCUACAAAUACAAGCUGCACCCAUAAUCAUAAAAUCUUCACAUGAAAACUGUAAGCUGUGAUCUUUGUUAAAUGUCGGAUGUGUUGGUUCAUGUCAGUACAGUUGACUUGUCUGCUUGUUUUCAAGGCUGUAAUGACUAAAUAAAUUUGAACUGAUAACAGACA